AUGAUCCUAUCAGCGAUUGCGAUGCUUGCGGUGGUGCCGGCGGUGAUGGGGCAGACGGUGGCGCUGUGGGGACAGUGCGGUGGCUCUGGAUAUACUGGCUCUACAACAUGUGUCAGUGGUUCGACCUGUUAUGCGCAGGACGAAGGGUACAGCCAGUGCAUCCCCGGGACUGCCUCGACGACCACCACUCUGAAAACAUCAACCACCACAACCUCCACCGCGAGUACUUCUUCUGCUACCGGCGAUGUAAAAUACAUCUUCAGCUUCGGCGACUCCUACUCCCAAAGCGGCUUCUCGAUCACCGGCACCGCCCCCAGCGCCUCCAACCCCAUGGGUAACCCCACCUUCCCAGGCUCCACCUCCUCCGGCGGCAUCAACUGGCUUGGCUACCUCGUGACCGAGUUCAACCGCACCGUCGCGCUCAACUACAAUUUCGCGUCCGGCGGCGCGGCCACCAAUAACUCUGUCGUCUCGUCCUCGGGCACGCCGCUCACCACCCAGGUCGCGACCUUCUUGCAGUACCUCGGCACCGGUGGGCCGUGGAGUAGUGACGACUCACUGUUUGUCUUCUGGAUCGGCAUCAACGAUAUCGGGAACUCGUACUAUCUGGACGUGGACCAGGUCGCGCUGCAUUCGGAGCUCAUGGAUACGAUCUUUAACCUCGUGCAGCAGCUGUAUGCCGUUGGCGCGCGGAGGUUUCUGUUUAUGAGUGUUCCACCGGUCGAAAAGACGCCCAAGCAACUCACCAAAACCGCCGAUGACCGCGCCAACGAGGCCGCCCAGAUCGCCGACUUCAACAGCCAGCUCGUGGCCCGCGCCGCGGCAUGGAAGGCGGGCACGACAGGCACGACAGUGUGGCAGUUUGACACUGCAGUGCCGUUUAACCAGGUCAUUGCGGACCCGACGGCGUAUGGGUAUGCGGAUGCGACCAGCGUGUGUCAUGCGAGUACAUGCAUGUGGUGGGAUAGCUAUCAUCCGUCGUCGGCGUUGCAUAGGGUUGUGGCGGAGCAGGUUGCGGAGGUAUUGGAUGGUGGGUUUUGGUAG